AUGGCUAGCGCUGGCUUGAAUUAUACGGGUAAAGGAGACACAGUGCGUUGUAGCACUUGUGACGUAGAAAUAUCUGGAUGGACAUCAGACAUGAAGCCAUUUACUAUUCAUGCACAACGCAGUCCCAACUGUAUAUUUGUUCGUUCUAUGGUGCCCGAUGGAAAAACCUCCGCACCAUCAACGAUAAAUCUUCCUGCAACGACUUCAGCGCUAAUGGAUGCCGAACAACCAUCUAAACGUCAGAAAAUCGAAACACCACAAGUCGUUUGCCAACUUUAUAGACUUAUCGAAAUUGACAUAGUCAAAAAAAUACGAAAACGAACAUUUACCCAUUGGCCACAUCGAACGUUUCCUUCAAGUGCACAAAUGAUUGAAGCUGGAUUCUUCAAUUGUAAUGUUGGUGAUCGGGUCAUUUGUAUAUAUUGUAAUCUUAUUUGUCAACAAUGGACACCACAUACAGAUGACCCAUGUGAAAUACACAAAGCACUUUCUCCGACAUGUCCAUAUGUCAUUGCAAUGCUAAGCCGUCAAGAACUAUCAUCAAUUCGUAUUGUUAAUGAACAGCUCACGAGAGAUAACUCUAUAGGGACGGCAAAUAACGAUACAUUUCGCAGUAAUGAAAUUGUUUAUACUGCCGCAUGUCAUACAAAUUAUAUUGAAAUUCCUAGACGUCAUGCUUCUUUUGCUACAUGGCCGAACGAAAAUUUGCCAAGUGUUGAUGAUCUAGUUAAAGCAGGCUUCUUCUAUACCGGUAGUAAAACUAUUGUGACAUGCUUCUAUUGUAAUGGAUCAUUGCAGAACUGGGGGGCUAACGAUAAACCAAUGAUUGAACAUGCUCGAUGGUUUCCACAUUGCGCAUAUGCUAAACAGCUGUGCGGUGCAGACUUGUAUCGAAAAAUUCAAGAAUCGAAAAGAGCUCGACAAGAAAAGGCUAGUGUGAAUGAACCUAAUGGACGACUUGGAAGCAAUGAUGUUUCAACAGUUAGAGGGCAGCUUAAUAUACAAGAUGAAAGCACUUUGUCACGAUACGUAGCGGCACGACUUGAUUUGCCUAUUUCACAAAGUUUGCUUGACCGCAAUUAUAAAUUGUCUAUCAUUAAACGUUGUUGGGAAGAUCAGCUUAGAUUGAAGCGCGAUGAUUUUAGCGACUCCUGCGAUUUGUUUGUAGCAUGUUUAAUUCUACAGAAGCAGAUUGAACACAUUGACGGAAAGAAAGAGAAUAUUAUUAUUCCAAGUGUAGCAAUGAACAAGAUUCGUGAAAGAGUACAAACAGAGAUCAUUGCUCGUGAACAAGCUGCAUGUACAUCAGCAUCAACGAACUCCUCUAGUAAUACGGAUGUUGAAAUGUCUACAUCAUCGGAGUCUAGUGUGGAUGAGGAAAAUUCCAAGAAGUCGACAGUGAAGACUGAUCAAAAACAAGAUAUCAAAACAGCGAAAAUUACGUUACCUGAAAAAGGUCCUGGGACUAAUCCAUCGUCAUCCAAUCCUUGCGUUUUAUGUUUGGAAGAAGAGAAGCGUCUAGCUUGUAUACCUUGUGGUCAUCUAGCUACAUGUGUUCCGUGUGGUCAUUCUCUUCGAUCGUGUCCAAUUUGUCGGACAGAAAUCGAUGCUUUCGUUCGUAUAUAUAUAUGAACCGUCUUAAACAAAAUCAUCAUUCCAAAAAACAAUGGUCUUUUAAUGGACCUUAAUUUAUUCGAGAACUCUUUUCUUUAAACUUCCAUUUAUCGUAAGUAAACUAUUGGACUAAGACUGUUUUUACGAUACAACUUUAUUUUAUCGUGAGAAGAAAUCUUUCUACUUAUUGUUAUUAAUCUUAUCUGGUUUAUCAAUAUUAUUAAACAUUCUUUAUCAAUCCAGAAUUUAUGCACAACUCUUUGACAUCUUACUAUUUGGAGCGAAAAUGUCACACAGACUUACACUACGUGCAAUAAAAUUCUAAAUCGUAUAAGUGGUAACUGUUGUUAUACAUAUAGAAAAGGAUCUAAUAUAUGCAAUCACAAUUAACAAAGAAAAGGAUUGAGUAUCAAGAAAUGAUGCUAUUGUCAAGACAAUAAGAAAGUUUUUUACGAUAAAAGCUUGUUAGCGCAACCCCUGGGGGAGGGGCUGAAAUGUGGAACUCACAUAUUCCCAUAACAAUAUAAUACUAGUUACUAAGGUCUGUAAUGGUGGAUGUCUGUAAUUGGGGCCUAUUUAUAAUGGGGAGUGUCUGGGUGUGGGUG